UCCACCGCGAACUACCGUGGGGGUAACGUUGUUGUUGCAACGAUUCACGCAAAUUAUCUAAACCGGACCAACCGUACCGGUAUACACUAUAAUAAAUAUAAAAUAACUAUUAUAAUUGAAAAUCAGUGUCAAGUUAAUUGAUGAAGUGCUAGACUGAAUCUGCAGUUCGCGAAUAUAGUGCAACCUGUGAUUUGAUCUCGCGAUCUCCGUGGCUGCAUUUCUUUGGUGGUGUGAGCUUGCUGAAGUGUAAAAAGAAUAACCAUGAACGGGCACAGCAACGGUGACAUGAACGGCGCAGGAGACAUCAUCACCCAGAACCAGCAGCGAGGCUGGUGGACCAUCGGGCUCAUCAACUCGCGCUACCGCUACCUCACCGCCGAGACCUUCGGCUUCAAGAUCAACGCCAACGGCACCAGCCUCAAGAAGAAGCAGAUAUGGACCUUGGAACCUGCUUCGGGGAAUGCUAAUGACAGCAUGAUCUACCUGCGCUCUCACCUGGACAAAUACCUGGCCGUGGACUCGUUCGGCAACGUCACCUGCGAGUCUGAGGAGAAGGAGCCUGGCAGCAAGUUCCAUAUCAGCGUGUCAGACGACAACAGCGGCCGCUGGGCGCUGCGCAACGUGGAGCGCGGCUACUUCCUCGGCUCCAGCUCCGACAAGCUCACCUGUACUGCCAAGGUGCCUGGUGAUGCUGAGCUCUGGCAUGUGCAUCUUGCUGCUAGGCCUCAGGUGAACCUCCGCUCCAUCGGGCGCAAGCGUUUCGCUCACCUGUCGGAAUCCCUGGACGAGAUCCAUGUGGACGCCAACGUGCCGUGGGGGGAGGACACGCUCUUCACGCUGGAGUUCAGGGCUGAUGAGGGGGGCAAGUAUGCCCUGCAUACAUGCAAUAACAAGUACUUGAGCGCUGGUGGCAAGCUCCAAGAGCAGUGCACAUCAACGUGCCUCUUCAGCGCGGAGUACCACGCGGGAGCCCUAGCGCUCCGCGACGGAUCCGGCGCCUACCUCGCGCCCAUCGGCUCCAAGGCCGUGCUGAAGACGCGUUCCACCGCCGUCACCAGGGACGAGCUGUUCUCCUUGGAAGACAGCCUGCCUCAAGCCGCCUUUGUAGCCGCCCUCAAUGAGAAAUAUGUCUCCGUUAAGCAAGGAGUUGAUGUAACAGCUAACCAGGACGAGAUCUCGUCUCACGAGACAUUCCAGCUUGAGUUCGACUGGGCCACGCGCCGCUGGUACAUCCGCACCAUGCAGGACCGCUACUGGACCCUCGAGACCGGCGGCGGCAUACAGGCUUCGGGCGAUAACAAGUCAUCGAAUGCCCUGUUCGAGCUGGAGUGGCAAGGCGACGGCGCCGUGGCGUUCCGCGCCAACAACGGCAAGUACCUGAUGACGAAGCGCUCCGGACAUCUGUACGCCAACGCCGACGCCAUCGACGACAACUGCAAAUACUACUUCUAUCUUAUUAACAGACCUAUCCUGGUGCUGAAGUGCGAGCAAGGCUUCGUGGGCCCCAAGGGCGUGAGACUGGAGUGCAACAAGGCCAACUACGAGACCAUUCAGGUCAUCCGCGGACCCAAGGGCGCUGUCUACUUCAAAGGACAAAACGGCAAGUACUGGCACGCGGACAGCGAGUCUGUCUCGUGCGACGCGGACUCCCCUCAGGGCUUCCACCUCGAGCUGCGCGAGCCCACGCGCCUCGCCAUCCGCGCAGCGCAGGGCGGACACUACCUCGCCGCCGCCAAGAACGGCAACUUCCGUCUGGCCGGCCCCGACCUCAGCACCGCCACGCACUGGGAGUACUAAGCACUGCUCACCGACUGCUCACUCGCUCAUACACCACACAAAAAAUAACAUUGCUCCAAAUAGUACUUCGAGCAAAGUUAUUUGACGUGAAACGUACUUCAUCAUCAUAACAGAAAACUGCCAAUUUUUCUAUAAACUUUUCGGUUAUGUAAUGGCCUAACGGCUCCAUCACAGUUUUUAUAAUACUUCAUCUACAGCAGUCAUUCAUCAUCAUUCAUGUCAUCGAGUGUUGCUCAUGGAUCUCUCAUACAAUCGUACUCGCAAUACUCUCGGAGUCGUGACGUGAGGGCGCGCGCUGCAGGCGCCAUUUUACUCCUCUAUAGCCGCCAUCUUGUCGAAGCGUGGCGGCGACGAACGAUCCAAUCAGCUAAUUCUGAGACGGAAUCUGCUGCCAAUGGUUUAUUAUUAUAAUAUAAAUAAAAAAUGGGAAUGUUAGUCAAUGCUCCUGCAUUGAUGAUACACAUUUCGUACUAAAAAAAAAACAUUAAAAUGCGUCCCCGCAAGGCGCCGCCCUGUUUUGCAUUUAGUACGAUUAAGAUGAUGUGUCGCGCGAUGUAACGCGAAUGUGAUCAUAAUGAAAAUAUCGCUUCACCUUUAUUGUAAUCAUAGAUUAUUUUCUUAUAACUGGUAGAUCUGCCGUCACGUUGCUUAUGUCGAAUUAUUUUUAUAUUUAAAUAUUUUGUGACCGUCACUCGUAUCGCUUGAAUUAUUUAUUCUAGAUUGUAUGGUAUAAAUUUAGUAUGGAAGACAUUAUUCUGAAAUUUUUCGAAAAAUAUUUAUUGGAUAUUGUAGUGUCUAGUCGAUGGUUUUUAUACAAUUUUUUAUCAGCCCCCAGUACUGUACUACCGUCGUAUCCUGUAGGUUAGUGAAUGUUAACACCGUGAGACUGAUGCCUACAACACAACGCAGUGACACUGUACCGUAAUUAAUUUAAGUUAAUCAGGGAUUGACGCAAUACCAGACGAGUGCUCCCGGAGCCGCUCGCGUCUCACACCGGUACAUGCGCUACACCGUCUGCACUUAACUCUGCACAACACGCGCUGGACUGACACCGUACCGUACAUAUACUCCGACACACGAGUGCAAUCUAAUACAUAAGUUAAUAUCGUUAUAUACUCGCUAAUAAGUUGACUGUCUCAUGUUGUGCAUAGUUAAUUUGACAGACUUAUAUUUCUACACACUGGCGACAUUAGCACCAUCUAAAAAUCGCAUUAUAACUGCGACAUUAGUCGCCGGUGUGUAGGAUGUGUAUUUCGCACUAAGUCUGGCUUCUAAUUAAUGAACAUGUAAGGUAGGUAAGUUAUUGUAAGUUAUCACGUUAGGGUAAGCUUGAUCCGCUCCCAAUUAUAUAAUCGUCCAUUCCAUGCUUUUAGAAUUACGACAUGGGAUUAAAAACCAUUUUUUAUUAUUUUUUACAUGAAAAAUAACGGAGAUUUUUGUAACUGGUGCAUAGUCUUGUAUAUAAACGGUUUCCAUUUGCGUAUGAAGUCUGUACUUACGAUAACGUUUGGGAAGCGUUGACUCCUUUUUAUAAUGAACAAAACGAGAAAUGUUUUUUUAUUGAGGGUAUUUUGUAUGCAAUGCUGAUUCUGAAAUAUUUGUACGAUAACGUCUUUGUAAACUAUUAAUGAAUAAAUUAUAAUCAUAUUGUAA